AGUAACAAAUAUCGAAAGGGAAAGGGUGAGAGCGGUGUGUGCUCGUGUUUUGUGUCAUCCAUAUAUAUAUAUAUAUCCCAAUGAAUAUCGAGAUGGCGGAGGAGGAACCACAGCAACAUACGGAAGAAGCAGACAAUAACAACAACAACUCGAUUAAAGAGCGGAAGGUGUCAUGGGCAAAACUGCGCCGUGUUGACUCCCUCAACUUGGAGGCUGGUCGACUUGAUUUUUCAACAAAGCACACCUCCCUCGUAAAUUGGAAGGCAACCAUGAGUCUAGUAUUUCAGAGUAUAGGGGUGAUAUAUGGGGACCUAGGGACAUCCCCACUGUACGUAUAUCAGGGCACUUUUCCUGAUGGGAUUUCCAACACAGACGACCUUCUUGGAGUGUUCUCCCUCAUCCUUUACACCCUUCUCCUCAUUCCUUUGCUCAAGUAUGUCUUCAUCGUCUUGCGGGCUAAUGAUAACGGCGAUGGAGGUACGUUUGCACUGUAUUCAUUGAUAUGCCGGUAUGCAAAGGUGAGUUUACUUCCAAAUCACCAGCCGGAGGACAGACAACUAUCCAACUACAACCUAGACCUACCUUCCAAUCAGUUGAAACGGGCUCAAAAGAUUAAAGAGAAGCUUGAGAACAGUAAAACUGCAAAACUCUUGCUCUUCCUUGUCACCAUCCUUGGAACUUCCAUGGUUAUUGGGGAUGGGAUUCUAACUCCAUGCAUUUCUGUCCUUUCUGCUGUCAGUGGGUUCAAGUCCUUAAGCAAAGAUGCGGUUGUGGGCAUUUCUGUUGCAAUAUUGAUCAUUCUCUUUUCUGUUCAACGAUUUGGCACUGAUAAAGUGGGCUACAUGUUCGCCCCAAUACUCUUAUUGUGGUUUUUAUUCAUUAGUGUGAUUGGACUCUAUAACUUGUUCAAAUAUGAUGCGAGUGUAUUACGUGCUUUUAAUCCAAAAUACGUAGUGGAUUACUUCAAAAGAAAUGGCAAGAAAGGAUGGAUUUCUCUUGGUGGAGUUGUUCUGUGUACUACAGGGACAGAAGCCAUGUUUGCGGAUCUUGGGCACUUUAAUGUUCGAUCAGUCCAAAUUAGCUUCUCUGGAAUUGUGUUUCCUGCAAUACUAGCUGUUUAUAGUGGACAGACUGCUUAUCUUGUCAAAUUCCCUGAUCAAGUGGAUAAUGCUUUCUAUGCCUGCGUACCUGGUCCGGUGUACUGGCCAACUUUCGUUGUGGCGGUUGCUGCUUCCGUUAUUGCCAGCCAAGCCUUGAUAUCUGGAUCAUUUGCAAUAAUCUCCCAAUCCCUAAGUCUAGGUUGUUUCCCAAGGGUUAAAGUCGUCCAUACAUCUGCUAAGUACGAGGGUCAAGUUUACAUACCCGAGAUCAACUACAUGCUUAUGAUUGCUUGUGUUAUUGUCACUCUUGGCUUCAAGACCACUGUGAAGAUUGGAAAUGCAUAUGGAAUUGCCGUGGUUGCAGUAAUGGUCAUCACUACUUAUAUGGUUACACUUAUCAUGCUUCUUAGUUGGAAGACAAGCAUAUGGUGGAUUGCUCUGUUCUUUGUUGUUUUUAGUUCCAUUGAGAGUUUAUAUCUAUCAGCUGUUCUGUACAAAUUCAUUCAGGGUGGUUAUCUUCCGUUGGCCUUUUCAGCCGUUCUAAUGAUGAUAAUGGGGGCAUGGCAUUACGUAUACAAACAGAGGUAUAUGUUUGAGCUCAAGAACAAGGUUUCUAAUGAUUUCAUUAGAGACUUGUCCUUGAACCCGGAUAUUAAUAGGCUGCCAGGAAUUGGACUUCUAUACUCCGAGCUUGUGCAGGGCAUUCCUCCAAUAUUCCGUCACUUCAUUGCAAACAUACCAUCCGUCCAUUCAGUUCUGGUGUUUGUCUCUAUAAAGUCCAUUCCCGUCAGUAAAGUGGCAAUGGAGGAGAGAUUUUUAUUUAGGCAAGUUGAACCAAGAGACUACCGCAUGUUUCGCUGCGUGGUGAGGUACGGGUAUAAUGAUGCAAUUGAAGAACCCAAGGAGUUUGAACGACAGUUGGUGGAGAACUUGAAAGAGUUCAUCAGGCAUGAACAUUUCAUUUGCGAAGGAACGGCCUUGAGUUCAUCCACGGUUUAUAUUGAGGAAUCAUUACAACAACAGCAGUACAACUCGCCUCAUGUGUCAUCAUCAGGAUCCAUCCAGCCCUUCAACGUGGUUGCUGCUGAGUCAGCAAAUUCUUCUAGCCGAAUCAUCUCUGCACCCAUCCAGGGAGCUGAAGAGGAGAUGCAGUUUGUGCAGAAAGCAAUGGACAAUGGUGUGGUUUAUCUGCUUGGAGAAGCAGAAGUGAGAGCAGAACAGAAUUCAUCCAUCUUCAAGAAGAUUGUUGUCGACUAUGGCUACAGUUUUCUAAGGAAAAACUUUAGACAAGGGGAGAAAGUAUUGGCAAUACCACAGAGUAGGCUUCUCAGGGUUGGAAUGACGUACGAAAUAUGAAUGGCUUGCAUACAGGUUACCGCUAUGUUCCAGCAGAAUCCCUUAUCCUACUCAAUAUCUGAAGAAAACACACUCACACAGAGUUUGAGAGUAAAUGAAUAAUGUUUGCCAUCGUCAAGGACUGCUGCAACUUAUGUUAGUCUGUGUUGUUUUCUUACAACAAGUUUUUCCUUUUGCCUAGAAUAAAAUUAGUUGAUAAACCAAAAUGUUCGUGGUGCUACUUAAUUUGAGUAUGACUUUUAAAUGAUGAGGGUCAUCAAAUUAUUCUUCAACAUAAUAUUCUAAGGUCUCCAGGUUCGUAGAGAUCAGUAUAUAGCAACUAGUGAUAGAGCUGGCUAAUUUCUGGUUGCUUAAUAUAAAUGGAAUUUGGUAGCAAAAGCCAAAGUGGAGCUGUCUCUGGCCAAGCUUUUGUCGUUUGAAAUAGAGUGAAUUUUGCUUGGGUUCUUGGAAUCAAGUAUUUGUACAAUCACAUUCAGCCUUAAAAUGU